AUGAAUUCUACUAUUGAAAUAAAUUUUGUUUUAGCUUUAACUCCUUUAACUAUUGAUACAACAACACCUAAAGAACAAGAAAAAUUAGGUACUGCACCAUUAAUCACACCAAAUCUCGAUAAGGUAAGAUCAACAAAUACCGAAAUGUCGACAUUUGAAGCUUCGAUAUUUAUUUUUAUUUUCAGGUUUUGUGCUUACAUACCAAGGUGUUGGAUCCGAAAGAAUCUGAUCGAGAUGGUUCAUCAUAAUAACAAGGAAUAAAUCGGUUAUGAUCAAAAAACUAAAAAGUUAUAACAAUUGAUGAACUUUAAAUUUAAACAUGUUAAAGUUAAAUAAGAAGAAAAAAAUGUAUUGUAUUUUAUUCUUUCAUUCAUUCAUUCAUAUUUAAAUAUAAAAUAAAGAACUAUUUUUGAAACAUUAGUAGCACUUAGAAAAAUUUUCUCUUCUCCAUCUAUCUUCAACCAAUGCAUAGAUAUUUAAAAAUAUCAUUAUAUGCAGUUUUUUCUCUUUUAAUGAUGUUAUUAAACAUUUAUCCAUCAAUUUUUUUUAUUCUAUUCAUUAUAGGUAAGGCACAAGUUCAAUAUUCAUAGCAUGUAGUCUAAUGUCAUCGACUAAUUCAUCUUGAUCAAUAUAAAAUACGAACAAUACUUCUGAAUCAUAUUCGGAAGUCCUUUUAUAUAUGAGAAAUGAAUAAAAACAUGUAACACACUUUUAUCAGUAAGGAAACAAAAAAACAAUAAUAAUCGAAUUUUAAAAAUGCUAAUAAAUUGCGUCGUUGUUUUUUUUUUAAAGUCAAAAACGUUCAAUCUAUUACUUAGGUCUGACUAAAAGUUCUGAGAUCUUUAAAUAAAAAUAUAAAGAUAAGGAGAUAUUUUUAAUUUUAUUUUACCAAAUAUUGAGGAUAGUUGCCAUGAUUAUUUAUAUCAAGUUCAAUUCUUUUUAACAAUUUACUAAAAGUUUUUUUGAACUCUUUUUCGAAAAGAAUUUUAGCUACCUUGGAUACCGCAUGAGUACAUAAUAUUUCAUUUAUUUAAUUAAAUAAACUCCCUUCAAUAGAGCUACUUAAUCAAAUAUUAGGUAC